CAGAGUGCAAGUGACCCACGUUCAAAACUAUUUUUUUCACACAAAGCUGUAUUAUUUUCAUACGUACGUAGCUGCGUAUUAGUUUUUCUAAAGCUUUAAUAUAUACUACGUACUUAUACUCCGUUUUAGCUAAUAAACUGCUGGGUUACAUAUAAUACUUAAUAUCCUCGUAGUUCUGUGUCCGGCGAUUCGCCGAAGAGCUUGUUAUAUCUUGGAGGAAGAUUUCCGGCCACCGAAAAUACUUUCUUUAGGACAGCGUCUAACGCGUCUCGAGUUGUUUUAUUUUUCUAACAUUGUUUUGCAGGUUCCGACGAAGAAUAUCUCCAACAAUCUAAAGAAAGUAUAUGUCAUCGGAAACGGCCGCCCCAAAUUGCCGUAGAGAAAAGGAGAGUCAGUCAUCGGAGUGCCUCAUAUCCAUGGGCCAUGGCUGAGAUGAGGAUGGACGAAAAGUCAUCACAUAUGUGGGUCGCUGCUUCCUGACCAUCCUGGUAUGUGGACGGCAACAAGGUUCCAUCAACACAUUUGCCCUUAUCUAUGUUGAUGAUGUUCUCCUAGCAGGAAAUAACAUGGCCCACAUCGAAAGUGUGAAAGGUUAUUUGGAUGCACAAUUUAGCAUUAAAGAUUUGGGUCAAUUGAAAUAUUUUCUCGGCAUUGAAGUUGCUCGCUCUCAAGAAGGCUUUGUCUUAAGCCAACGCAAGUACACUCUAGACAUUCUAGAAGAAAGUGGGCUUUUGGGCGGUCGUCCUAGCUCAUUCCCCAUGGAACAAAAUUUAAAACUUCGACCGGACGAUGAUAGCCCACCAGUAGACGCCUCUUCCUAUCGCCGCCUUAUAGGGAGACUAUUAUACCUCACAGUAACUCGUCCUGACAUCGUUUACUCUGUUAGUCAUCUUAGCCAGUUUCUAAGUAAUCCUCGGCAGACCCAUCUUGAUGCAGCCCUCCGAAUACUUCGCUAUCUGAAACAGACACCUGGGCAGGGCAUUUUCUUAUCAUCUGAUAAUGAUGCUACCUUAAAAGGUUAUUGUGAUGCUGAUUGGGCAGGGUGCUCUUUUACUCGCAGAUCCAGUACUGGAUAUUUCAUCACUCUUGGAAACUCACCUAUUUCCUGGCGAACAAAAAAACAGUCUGUUGUGUCUCGCUCUUCUGCUGAAGCAGAGUAUCGUGCCAUGGCGGUCACAGUUAGUGAAAUUUUAUGGCUACGAUGGUUACUCGGAGACCUUAUGAUAACUCAAAAGGGUCCAACGCCGCUACAUUGUGAUAACCAAGCAGCUCGACAUAUUGCCAUGAAUCCAGUUUUUCAUGAGCGUACCAAACAUGUUGAAAUAGACUGUUAUUUUGUACGAGAGAGAGUUGCCACUGAUGAGAUCCAACAUGUAUCUAUUUCUACAGCUAAUCAAGUUGCCGAUAUAUUCACCAAAGCACUUGGUGCCGACCGUUUUCAAUUUCUCCGGAGCAAGUUGGGUGUUCGAGACCUUCACACUCCACCUUGAGGGGGAGUAUUGGAAUAUUUAAUAUUUAUUUCCCUUCUAUUAUUUCUUUCAAUAUUACAUAUGUAAUGUUACAACUACACAUGAGUACGUGGGUUACAUGGUCUUGCAUGGCCCAUGCAUGUUACCUUGUUAUUUCUCAUCAUGUAUAUCAUAGCAUAUAUACCUCACGAGAUCGACAUGAAAUAAACAAGAGAGAGUAUUUUCUUCCCUUAUAAAGUUUUCACAUUUUAGUUUCAUAUUUCC